UCACCACUCCUGUGCCUCUCAGAAUAUCUCUCUCUCUCUCUCUCUCAAUCAACAAUGCUGAACCAUUCGAUACAAAACGAGUGGUUUUCUCUCUUACACACACUUCUCCGAUUUUUCGGCUACUAGCUUUACUGGUGCUUGUGACUAUACGUAGCUAAUCCCAUUGGAGUGGAACUAUAGCUAGGCAUUAGUCCACUUUCUGCAAGCAUGGUUCUAGGAUUGAGAGCAAAGAACAGGCAAGGUGCCUCGGUCCAAAUCAAUUAUUUAAUCCAUGUUCAGGACAUUAAGCCUUGGCCCCCAUCACAGUCGCUUAGAUCCCUCCGUUCUGUGUUGAUUCAAUGGGAAAAUGGCGAACGAAAUUCUGGGUCUACCAACCUUGUCGUACCGUCACUUGGGUCGGUUGUUGGUGAGGGAAAGAUUGAGUUCAAUGAGACUUUUAGGCUACCGGUGACUUUGUUGAGGGACAUGUCUGUCAAAGGCGGGGAUGCAGAUGCAUUCCAGAAGAAUUGCUUAGAGUUUAACUUGUAUGAGACUAGGAGGGACAAGACUGUGAAGGGCCAGGUGUUGGCGAGUUCCAUCAUAGAUUUGGCGGAUUAUGGUGUUGUGAAAGAGGCCUUAAGCAUUAGUGCUCCAAUGAACUGCAAGAGGAGCUAUGGGAACACGAAUCAACCGGUUUUGUUUAUCAAAAUUCAGCCUGUUAAUAAAGGUCGCAAUAGUUCCUCAUUGAGGGACAACCAACGAAAAGGGGAGUUGCUGGAUGAUAAUGGUGGUGGAUCUGUUUCUGCCUUGAUGAAUGAAGAGUGUGCUGAGGAAGCUGAGGUUGCAUCUUUAACUGAUGAUGAUGUUUCAUCUCACUCAUCUCAGACAGUUUCUUCUACUGCUCCUCACUCUAACGGGGCUUUACCUCCCCAACAUGAAGAGAACGGACCAGACAUGGUGACUCUUAGCAUUAGAGGGGGUAGCAAGGAACAUGCCUUAGCUUUGAAACCUAAGCUUGAAAAACCAAAUACGAUGCCACAUACUGGAUCACAUGAGAAUCUAAAGAGAAGCUCAUCUUGCUCAUCAUCGAUAGACUUGUCCUCUGAUCUGGGAAGCCCAGUAAAUGGUCCUACUUCUACAUUGAACUUUCCUAACUCUAGUUCAAUGUCAACCUUACAAAAUACUGCUCCCCAUGGUGUUCACUCUUCCUCCUCAUCCUUGGCGUUUGAAAAUCCAGAGGAAGAUUCUGAUGACAGCAUUAGAAGCAAUGAUCAUGGAUAUGUGCCUCAGGAAGUUCAUGAAAAGGUAACUAAUAGCACAGCUGCAGUUUCAGGUGAUGGUCAGCAGAACAUCAAGGAAAUAUCCAACAGUCUUGUAGCAUCCCCAGACAAUAACUCCAGGGUGGUUGAGGAGCUGGACUCCACUAAGUCCAGUGGUUCUCAAGUUAACGGAAAAAAUUAUGGGAAAGGUUGGGAAAUUGGCAGGGAUGACCAGGAGGAGUCUGAAACCAGUGAAGAUAUCUAUGAUAGUUCUAUGGAAGACCAAGAUGGAAAGGAACCACAAGAAAAGGGGGAUGAAAGACAAAACUUGGAUGAGAAAAAGCAUUCUACAGAAGAUAAACCAUUCGGUAUCCUAGAUGCUACCAGAGUGCAAGCAUCUUUGGAAGGUGAUACAUUUUCUUUAAGCAGGGGAAAUCUUGGAAUGAAGAGCAAUAUCCUUAAAAGUGACAGAUUAAAGAAUGUGAAGUCUGUUAGGUCAUCAACAGAUUUAGCUAGGGUCACCAAUGGAUCACUCAGUGGUAAUCAGCAAACAGAAAUAAAGGAAGCUAGUGUCCUGGGAGAUGCACAGUAUGUUGCCCGAAACCUCAGAAGUAGUGAAAGAAAAGAAGCUAAAAUUUAUCCAAAGGAUACCAGAAGUGCCCUUUUAGACAGCAAAGUCCAGCACUUGGAAAACAGAAUAAAGAUGCUUGAGGGAGAGUUGAGAGAAGCUGCUGCCGUUGAGGCUGCUCUUUAUUCAGUAGUUGCUGAGCAUGGAAGUUCCAUGAGUAAGGUCCAUGCUCCAGCUCGGCGCCUUUCAAGGAUGUAUCUUCAUGCUUGUAGAGAAGGUUCUCUAUCAAGGAGGGCAUCUGCAGCUAGAAGUGCCGUUUCAGGACUAGUUUUGGUAGCAAAAGCAUGUGGAAAUGACGUUCCAAGAUUGACGUUUUGGCUGUCAAAUUCUGUUGUCUUGAGAACAAUUAUAAGCCAAGCCAACCGGGACCUGGAGCUACCACUCUCUGCUGAAAAUUGUAUAGAAAGGAAUGGUGGGGGAAAGGUAAAUAACAAGGUAUCAACUUCAUUAAAAUGGAAAGCGUCUUCUCCUGGCAGAAAAGAAGCAUUGUAUGGAGGUUUCGGCAACUGGGAGGACACACAUAUGUUUACAUCUGCAUUAGAAAAAAUAGAAGGUUGGAUCUUCUCCCGCAUUGUUGAGUCUAUCUGGUGGCAGACUCUGACUCCACAUAUGCAGUCUGCUGCUACAACAGCAUUUAACAAAAGUAUGGGUUCCAGCUUAAGGAAAAACUACGGAAGGUCAUCUAGUUCUGGUGAUCAAGAACAAGGGAGUGUUUCGUUAGACCUUUGGAAGAAGGCUUUCAGGGAUGCAGGUGAAAGACUUUGUCCAGUCCGAGCUGGAGGGCAUGAGUGUGGCUGCUUGCCUAUGCUGGCUAGAUUGAUAAUGGAGCAAUGCUUGGCUAGAUUAGAUGUGGCUAUGUUCAAUGCUAUUCUUCGUGAAUCUGCUGAUGAGAUCCCUACAGAUCCUGUAUCUGACCCCAUCAGUGAUUCGAAGGUCCUUCCAAUUCCAGCUGGGAAAUCAAGCUUUGGGGCUGGUGCACAACUGAAAAAUGCGAUUGGAAACUGGUCUAGAUGGCUGACUGACUUAUUUGAUAUGGACGAUGAUGACCCACUUGAAGAUGCAAGUAACCAUGAAGACAGUGUCGAGAGAGAUGAUACAUCAUUCAAGUCUUUCCAUCUCCUUAAUGCAUUGAGUGAUCUCAUGAUGCUUCCAAAGGACAUGCUUUUGAGUAAAUCCAUCAGGAAAGAGGUUUGCCCUGCAUUUGGUGCACCAUUGAUCAAGAGGAUUCUCGACAAUUUUGUUCCAGAUGAGUUUUGUCCGGACCCAAUUCCAGAUGUUGUGCUUGAAGCGCUGAACUUGGAGGAUCUUGAGAGUGGGGAGGAGUCCCUGACGAACCUCCCAUGCACUGCAGCUCCCAUAGUCUAUUCACCACCUUUGGCAGCUUCAGUUGCAAAUAUUAUUGGAGAGGGUGGAAGCCAACCUAAUCUGAGAAGAAGUGGGUCCUCAGUACUUUGGAAAUCAUUCACCAGUGAUGAUGAGCUUGAUGAAUUGAAUUCGCCCUUGGCUUCGAUAUUUAUGGACGGUUCUCGUUCUUCAGCAGUUCCAACGAAGCCCAGCUGGAUAUCAAAGGAAAAAGGCAAUCAAAAUGCUGUGAGAUAUGAACUCCUUCGCAAUGUAUGGAUGAAUAGCGUGGAGUAGCUCAAUAUAUAUCUCAGGUAUAUAUGUACAAUGUGUCUUUUUUUUUUUUUUUAAAUGUGGAGUUCUAAAUUUGUACUCCGGUUUUGGUUUCAGUCUUCUUGGUGUCUCUGUACAAAAAAAGGCAAUUAUAGACUUAUAGUAGAACAACUCAAAACUUUUAAACUGUAGGAGUGUAGCAUUGAUAUCAGUGAUUGCAUCUCAUAAGGUAUUGGGUAUGGGUAAAUACAUCAUUCCGUUAUUGUUUCUCUUUUUC